AUGGAGGAACAAUGCAAGAAAUUGCGUGUGGACCCCUUUGGCGACGUGGUAAGCCGCGUGGUGUCCUUUAUGGAGCGAGUGAACAACAUCAUCGAGACGACCGGAUGGAAAUCACAGCUCAAGACCCCGAACAUGCUCAAGACUUUCAUCAAGGUGGUGGCAUCAUGCAUCACCCCAUUCGAUAUACGCGAUCGAGUUGAAGAACAGAUGAAGAGAGUCCAAGGCAGUACCCUGGUGGAAUUCUCCAAGAUCCUGGCGGAACAAUUGGAAAGAACGUACCAGGCGGAGUUAAUAAUGAAAUCACGGGGUGGCGACCGAAAGCGAGGGCGCGACUGGGAUGAGAAGGGACAGCGAACGGGCAAGACCAGAGUCCAACUCAAGAACGAACAAUACCAACGUGAAGCGUACUAUCAGAAUGGCAAUGCCCCACGCCCUAAAAGCGGUUAUACAAAGCCGGCCCCGGUGGAACGUGGCCGUGACGGACCUCCUCGUGCUCAGGGAGCGACAGGAGGGCCGUCGACGAACAAGUAUGGUAGCCCGGCGACAGCCCGGCGCACGUUCGACGAUAGUGAACAACCUACCAAGCGAGCUAAGUAUGGCCCCGGCCAAGACGACCGUGGCGCGCUAUGCUUUGUCUGCCAACAACCGGGACACCGUGCGCGUGAAUGCCCAAACAAGAAGGAAGACUCAGCGCGAGCUGAUCACCUUCGGAAGGGCAAGAAUGCGGUGAAACGCAUCAAGUAUAAGCAACUCAAGGCGGAAUUGAAGGCGAAGCGAGCGGUCAAAGCCAAGAUAGCCGAAGAUGGCUGUGAACAGCGAUGGAUUCGACUUAACGGAGUAUUCGAAGUGCCCUACUGUCCCGAUACUGGCGCCGACCAGAACGUUAUGCCCAGCGGAUGCUGGAAGAGUUGA